AUGGCAUCUCAAACCGCAGCAUGGACCCUCACUGGCCAAAGAGGAAUCUCAAGUCUCAAAUUCGUUGAGAAUCAUCCUCUACCUGCUCUGGGGGACCACGAUGGAAAAUUCGGUCUGACUAUCAAAAACAACAUUGUUCCAGCAUCCGACGGAGCGGGUGUUGUAGAGGCCGUUGGUUCCCAAGUCUGCAAUCUUAAGCCUGGGGAUAGAGUUUGUACCCAUAUGACAACUCAUAUGGCCGAUGAUGCGCCCGCUACCUUUGCCGAUAUAGAGGCCGGUCUUGGUCAGCGCGUAGACGGGACCUUACAGAGCCAUGGCAUAUACCAUGAAACGUCGGUGGUGAAGAUGCCUGACAACCUGUCUUUCGAUGAAGCGGCUACAUUAACUUGUUCUGGUCUAACGGCAUGGAAUGCAUUGUUUGGUCUUAAAGGGAGAGAGCCCAAGAAGGGCCGUGUAGUGUUGGUGCAGGGAGCAGGAGUUUGCCCUGGCUUCGGGUGCGACGGUGAUAGCAACAACCAGGCUAAAGCGUCCAAGUUCAAAUCACUAGGUGCACACCACGUCAUCAACUACAAAUCCACACCUGACUGGGGAACAGCCGCAAAAGGUUUUACCCUUGGUGGCCAAGGCGUAGACUUGGUUGUCGAUGUGGGCGGUGCAUCUACCCUUCAUCAGUCACUCAAGGCUAUCAGGCCGGAGGGAGUUAUCGCACUAGCAGGAUUCUUAGGUGGGGCGUCCAGUCCCGAUAUGCCCAGCCUGAUGGACGGUCUGAGUUAUCUUUGCACCUCGUGUGGAUUGCUCCUUGGGACCCGAGUUCAGUUCCAGGCCAUGAAUCAUUUCAUUGAAGAGAAUGGCAUUAGGCCCAUAAUUGAUGAAAAGGUGUUUGGUCUACACGAGGUAGCGAAUGCCAUAGAAAUCGCCUGGAAUCCUUCCUCAGACCAAGCCCUCAAGGCGCAAGCCUUCGAUUACCUGAACCAACUCCGUACCGACCCCUCGGGAUGGCAAGUCUGCCUCGCUCUCUUCACAAAGACUCCCCAGCACUCUGAGAUCAUACGACAUGUAGCGCUAGAGGUGGUUAAUAGUGCCGCCCAGGCUGGACUGAUUGACCCUCAGGCUCUAGGAUAUGUCCGGGACGGCCUCAUGAACUACCUCCGCCAGGUCUAUGGGCAGGAGAAUGCAAACCCAGAUCCUCCCAAUAUUCAGAACAAAAUUGCCCAGACGAUUACCUUCCUCUUCUCGGCGCUCUACGGGAACGGCUGGGAGUCAUUCUUCGAUGAUCUCUUGAGCUUAACGUACAAGGGUGCCUCGAGCACGUCGCCUGACAAUAUGCUGGGGAUUGUAUUCUACCUUCGAGUCGUUAAUUCUAUCCACGAUGAAAUCGGUGAUGUCCUCGUGUCCAGAUCUCGUACGGAACAGGAUAGGGCAAAUUCGCUGAAGGACUUGAUCCGGAUGAGAGACAUGCAAAAGAUCGCAAGCUCGUGGCAACAGAUUUUGUCGGAAUGGCGGGACGGCAACGACGUGAUCGUAGAGAUGUGUUUGAAAGCAGUUGGUUCCUGGGUUAGCUGGAUUGAUAUCAGUCUUGUGGUCAACCAGACAAUGCUCGAUCUCUUAUUCCAGCAACUGGCCCGGGCACAGAAGGCGGAGCUCAGGGCGGGAGAGGAAAAGGUGCGGGAUGCAGCAGUCGACGUUUUUACAGAAAUCAUCGGCAAAAAGAUGAAACCGGAGGAUAAGAUUGACAUGAUUAUUUUCUUGAAUCUGGACACGAUCGUUUCCCAGCUCUCCAACAGCCCCCCUCUUUGUGAGAAUAGGUUUACCUUCAAAUACGAUACGGAUCUCGCCGAAACAGUUGCGAAGCUAGUCAAUAGUACAGUGGUUGAUAUUGUGCGCGCUUUGGAGCAAGAGAAUAUCUCUGGAGAAUGCAGAGAAAAGGCCAAUGGGCUAUUGCAGGCCUUCCUUCCGCACAUCCUGAGAUACUUUUCCGAUGAAUACGACGAGGUCUGCUCGACCGUCAUCCCCUGUGGCAGUGACCUUCUGCAAUACUUGAGAAAGGUCUCUAAGACCGACCCUUCUCUUACCGCGCAGCAUUCCCCCAUCUUGCUCCCUAUCUUGAAGGCCAUCAUUGCCAAGAUGCGAUACGACGACACCUCCUCAUGGGGCGACGAGGAUGACCAAACGGACGAGGCAGAGUUCCAGGAACUCCGCAAGAGACUAGCCAUUAUGCAACAAACUGUCGCCACGGUGAACGAACAGCUCUACAUAGACGCCGUCUCCGAGGUUGUCGCAACAACCUUUGAGAACCUACGACAGUCAGGUACGCAGUUAGACUGGCGUGAUCUGGACCUUGCCUUACAUGAAAUGUUCCUCUUUGGAGACAUUGCCGUAAAGGCAGGCAAUCUCUAUACCAAAAACCAACCCAACAAUCGGGCAGCAGAGCGACUUAUCGAGAUGGUGUCACGAAUGGUCGAGUCCGAUAUUCGCUCCUUCACGCAUCCGGCGACCCAAUUACAGUACAUGGAAAUUUGUGUUCGUUACAGUUCAUUCUUCCUGUACCACACUCAUCUCAUCCCCGGUGUUUUGGAAAGCUUCCUUCAACUUGUUCACCACCCCACGAAGAAGGUUAAAACCAGAUCCUGGUAUCUUUUCCAGCGGCUAGUCAAGCAAUUGAGAACCCACAUCGGCAAUGUUGCGGAGACAGUCGUCCAGGCCCUAGGCGAUCUUCUGGUGAUCCAGGCGGAAAUUCCUACAGAAGGCGCCGAUGGUGAUGAAAUGUCGUCGGAGGAUCAUGAAGGGUCCGCAGAUGCUGUUUUUAACAGCCAACUUUACCUAUUCGAAGCCGUUGGCAUUAUCUGCUCCACCCCGACUGUCCCUGCCGACAAGCAGGUCCUGUAUGCGCAGUCGGUACUGAACCCUGUGUUCAUGGACAUGGAGAAAAACCUGGCUCCGGCGAAGUCCAACGACGAGAGGGCUUUGUUACAAAUACAUCAUGACAUCAUGGCUCUUGGAACGCUAGCAAAAGGCUUCUCGGAUUGGAUGCCAGGAACCAGCUCCCCAACCUCGCUGCCCGCGGCUGAGGUUUCUGAGGCAUUCUUGCAAGUGUCCGAGGCUACUCUUGUUGCUCUUGAGUCCCUUAAAACCUCUUUCAAUAUUAGAACAGCCGCUCGAUUCGCCUUUUCCAGACUCAUUGGCGUCCUUGGCUCCCGGAUCCUCCCACAGCUUCCAAGGUGGAUCGAUGGCCUACUAACCCAGACUUCUACUCGGGAUGAAAUGGCUCUUUUCUUGCGCCUUUUGGACCAAGUUAUCUUCGGAUUCAAGGGCGAGAUAUAUGCCAUUCUCGAUACACUAUUGACGCCUUUCCUACAACGGGUGUUCGCCGGAAUUGCUGAUCCCACUACUGGCACCGAUGACGAAAUCCAGCUUGCAGAGUUGAAAAGGGAAUAUCUGAAUUUCUUGUUGGCGGUUCUGAACAAUGACCUGGGCGCAGUGAUCAUCAGCGAGAGAAAUCAACCCAUGUUCGAUACCGUCAUCACGACCAUCGAACACUUCGCCAAGGACGUCGAGGACUUUACCACCGCGAAGAUGGCGUUCUCGGUGCUCUCCAAGAUGGGCAGCUCCUGGGGCGGUCCUGAUAUCGCACCGGAGGCGACGAAUGGCACCGCCCAGCAGGUUGCUCUCCCAGGAUUUGCACAGUUCAUGAUCAGCCGAAUGUCGCCCUUAUGUUGGGCACUUCCCGCCACCCCGUCCUUCAAUCCCAAAGACGCACAGGCCAAGCAGGUUCUCGCCGAAGCUGGAGGAUUGCAGCGCACCAUCUAUUGCAAGACCGGUAUGGAGUAUAUCCAGUACCUUCGAGACCAGGAAUUGCCCGGCAUGGGAAUGGGUGCCGAACUCAUAGAGGAGUUCUUGAAUGCAUUAGGCCGGCUAGACUUGAAGGGCUUCCGGCAGUUCUUCCCGUCCUUUAUCCAGCGAUUGAGCGCAUGA